AUGAAGCCAUCUUUCAUUCUUCUGCCUCUCUCCUUCAUGCUCCCAAGCGUCUUUGCGGCAUGUAAAACAAAUGAGAAGUACUGCGGAGAGUACCUCGUAUCCCAGUUCGGUUACGGUGAGGAACAGAUCGUAUAUGCAGCCCGACAAAACACAGAUCUACCGAGUGAAGCCACAAACGAUGGAACAAAAGAAUGGGAAGAAAUCAUAUUCAAAUGUGUCGAUGGUGAAAAGAUUGAGGCGCUGGGUUACUGUGAUGAUCCUUACGUUUGUACGGAGGAUGAGGAUGGGACUGGCGCGGGCUGCGAUGACAUCUUUGAUGACUAA